AAAAAGUUGCGCGCGCAUGCGGGCAACGGAAGUGGUGUUGUUUUCCAGCAGUUCUGAAUGACAAAGACGAGGUAGCAACUGGUUAGCAAGCAUUUACAAACUGUACCCAGCAUCAACAUGUCUGGUUGUUGCGUAUACGGUUGUACGAAUCGCUAUUCCACCGGCGGACUAAAGUUGUAUAGGAUUCCGAGAGGACCACGACCAUUUCAGAGCAACCGGCGGCGUCUGUGGCUGCAGGCGAUUAAACGUGUGGACUGGAAUGAGGACAUAAUCAAAAAUGCUCGCGUCUGCAGCGCCCACUUUAUAUCAGGCGAGGCAUCAUUGGACUCUAGUAGUCCUGAUUUUGUGCCAUCUUUGUUCAUGUACACAAAACAAAGCCAGAACCCAAAUGCAAAGAUGGACAGGUGCCAUAGGAAAAGGAGGAGAGCUGACACUGCAGCAAAUCAACGUGUUACUUCUGAAACUCCAGAACAAGAAUGCAGCAUGGAUCAUUGUCCUGCUGAAGAGGAUAUCCCAGUUCCAAAGAGAGAGUACGAUGAUCUGAACCUGAGAUACAGUCAACUUCAGGAGGAAUAUGUCAACCUGCGACAGGAGUUUGACACACUACGAGCAGAAAAUGUAAAACUGAAAGAGGAGCUGCAAAAAUCUACAUUCUCCUACACCACUGUUAAGUGCAACAUUGGACAAUUGAUUUUUCUCACAGGACUGACCUCUGUGGUCUUUGAGUGGCUGAUUACAAAAAUGAUGGGCAGCGUAGAAAGAAUUCACAACAAACUUACAGUAGAGGACCACCUAUUGAUUAUAUUGAUGAAAUUAAGGUUGGGCCUAUGUAAUACUGACUUGGCUUAUAGAUUUCAGGUAUCAAAAACCACCUUAUCAAAUAUUUUGCGGAGCUGGGUCCCUGCUAUGGCCUUGGUCCUCAAGCCACUCAUUAAAUGGCCAAGUAAGGGUGCAGUACUUAAAAAUAUUCAAGCGCAACUUUAGAAGAUGCCGGUGCAUAAUAGAUUGCACAGAAAUUAACAUAGCUAGACCCAGUAAUCUGACUUCCAGGGCCCAGACAUGGUCAAACUAUAAACACAACAACACCAUUAAAUAUUUGAUCGGCAUCACUCCUGCUGGUGCAAUUUCAUUUCUGUCUCCUGGGUGGGGUGGACGGGUAUCAGACAAGCAGAUCACUAAGGAGUCAGGUUUCCUCAAACUUUUGGAGCCUAGGGAUGAGGUUUUAGCAGACAAAGGAUUUCUCAUCAGAGACGAGCUUGCGGCCUAUGGGGCAACCCUUCGUAUCCCUCAUUUCACAAAAGGAAAGAAGCAGCUUUCUGCACAGGAAGUGGACACAUCUAGACAACUUUCUCGUGUGAGGAUCCAUGUUGAGCGAGUUAUUGGUUGGUGGAAAAACUUUAAGAUUUUACAAACAGUUAUUCCUUU